AUGGAGGUGUUUGUCGAGACGGAGCUGCUGGAGAACCGAAAGCACGCCGUGGUCAUGGCCCCUGACGUAGCUUUCGAGGUCCGCUCUUCCUCCACCGGAUGGACGAGGAGAAACCUCUCCGGCCCCUUGGCUGCGCGUCACCCCGGCGCAGCGAUUAGGGCCAAAUCCUUUGAUCUGUCGCAGAACAAGCAGACGCUGGCGUACGACCUUGCCCUCGUCGUUACCGCGCAGGGCAACGACUACCUCUACCUCUCCCUCGGUAACAAGCACACCGAGGAGGAGUGGGAGAAUGGCGUUGUCUGGGAGGCUGUCCCCUUUGACUCGACCGCCCACGCGGCGCCCUCCCCGCUGGUCAUUGCGGGCGUCUACCUCAUGAAUCUCCCGCCCAAGACGGGGACCACGCCCGUGCAAAACUGCUUCGUGGAUAUUCUGCGUCGCGCGGACGACCCCCUCAAACUACUUGAUCGCUACUACAUUGAUCUCAAGUAUACCCCGCGCUGGAACCGCCACACCUUGCCCAUCGACCUCGGCGCGGGUUCCGUGCAGAGCGCCUUGGGGCGGCGGCCCGCCGACUCGUCCCCGGGCAUUUACACGUUUGGAAACGUGGGCGCGUCGUCGCAGCUCAUCUACCAGCCGCAGUAUACCACGCGCACUUCCUUGGUCCCGCCCCGUCCCACGCGUCUGAUGAUGCCCUCGGAUCCCACCGCCAUCGCGUCCGCGUUGAGCUCGACAGGGAGCACAAACCUAUUCCUGGCCGCGUCGGGCGGUCUCUACCUCUUCACGCCCGAGAAGCAAACGGACGCGGCGGAACCCGUGCUCGCGGUUCCGGCGUCUUUCGGAGGGAGAAAUGUCUUGGGCCGGGUUCUCUCCUUGCACGCGUCUACGGUGGGCAAGACGACGGCGGUGUGGGCCCUCAACACGCAGGGGCAAUUGAUUUACAUGACCUGCGCCGCGGGCAAGGAGGCUACGCCCUCCGAGUGGUCCGCGCCGCUUCCCAUCGGCAGCCAAGUCGAGUCGUUUGCGUUUUACAUCAACCGCGCCGUCGGCGAGUCCAACGUUGUCUUUUGCAAUGGUGCCGCCGGUACCCUCCAGCAGCUGACGCAAGACCCCACGACCUUGUCGUGGCAAUCGUCCAGCAUCCUGCUCCCGCCCACCGAGGUGGAGGACGUGUCCACCUUUGAUUCCUUCACCACCCAAAUCACCGUUCAGAAAAAUGGCGUCCCGGCCUCCAACCUGGCGGUGCUGCUCAUCUCGGAUACCGCCGUGUCCUUCCAGGCCAACGACUUGUACACGGUGUUGGAACCCAAUAAGCCCGUGCCCAUCAAUACGGACGCGUCGGGUAUCCUGACAGUUAUACAAGAGGCCACGUCCCUGGCAUCCGCUACCUGCUUCCGGGUCCGCAUUCCCGAGAGCCAGAUGCCUGAUAUCUUGGUCGAUCCCCUCGCGCCCGUGAUGAAGAAGCUCGCGCAGAUCCAGAGCGGCGGUGACUUUGAAAAGUUCCCCGGAUUUGUGGCGGGCGACCUGCGCGCCGACUUGCCCAUCUCUGCCGCCUCGACCGCGGUGAAUCUCAGUCCGGUGACCAGUCCCUCGAGUCUCUCCGUCACCCUCAACGGCGGUAGCAUCACGAACGCCUCUAAGGGUCCCAGCGCUAGCACGCAGCCCAGCCCGAAGCCCGUCAAGAAGCUCAAGUCUGGGGGAUUUAUGCAAGCGCUUGCCCAGGGCUUCGAGGCCAUUUCGAUGCAGUUUGUCAAGAUGCUGGAAGGCGGCUGGAAGAUCCUGAUUGAAAUCAAGGAUGCCAUCGUCGAGAUUGCCGUGGCCCUGCGAGACGAGAUCAGUUCCCUGUUUGAUCGCGCGCUGGACUGGAUCAAGGCGACUUGGAAGAAGAUCAAGGAGAAGCUCCUCGACAUCUUUUGGCCGUGGCCCGACAUCAAGCGGACCAAAAACGUCUACAAGGCCGUGUUUACCUGCACUACCAACAGCGUCAUUGAUGGCAUCACGAAUAUCGAGCCGCUGAAGCGUGGACCAACGGCGAAAAGGGGCAAAACCGCCGGCGAAAUCGAGCGAGAGCGCGCCAAGAACGAGGUAGAGAAGAACCCCAAAGCCAACUUCUUCUCCUACCACCUCAUGAACGGCGUCCAACAGGUGACGGGAGAGACUGACAAGAAUGCCAUUACCAACGUCGUCGCUAACCAGAUUGGCGAGCUGUUCAACAAUCUCUACGAGCUCAUUGACGAGCAGACGGAGAUAUUCGCCGGUUCCGUCAGCGACAUCAAGCACAUCAUCGACAACUUUGGCAACAUGGAGGUGCUGGACAUCCUCAUCGCCCUCGUGGCCAUUGUGGGAGACGUGGUGGUGAAGACGGCGGGCAACGUGGUUGACAAGUUGAUCAAGCUCAUGAAACUAGUGAUCCAGGGCUUCUUGAACAUCAUGAACGCCGAGAUCAAGCUCCCCAUCAUCAGCACCGUGUAUAAAGAAUUUGUCGGCAGCAAGCUUACCCUCCUCGACUUGGUCUGCCUCAUCGCCGCGGUGCCGACGACCAUGAUGUGCAAGGUGCUGACGGGUGGCAAGGCGCCCUUGACGACAACGAGCGCACAAACGCAAUCAUCGCAUUGCGACGGUCAACGCCAGAGAAGCCGCCCCGGCGACUCCUUCAUGUCCUUUGCGGUCGUGCGAGACCCCAACGCCGCGUUUGCGACGGCCGAGCAGCAGCAGCCGGAACCGGAAUCACAGCCAACGACGGCCUCAGCCCCUUCGAGCCUCGCUGACAGGGCAAACCAGAAGCUUGGUGAUCGCAACGGACGCACCGACUUUGCGUUGGCCAUGGUGGCGUACAUUUCCUCGCAAAUUUAUUCCCGGCUCAAGUUUAUGCAGCUCGCCAAGGAAAAGGGCAAGGCUCACCGCUCGUCGAAAAGUACCCCGAGCCCAGGCGGAUUCUCGGCCACCAUUGACAAAUUGUGCACCCUGUUUUACAUUGGCGUCCUCGUUCCCAACGCCACCUCCUUUGAUCCCUCGUGGGAACUCAACAGCUGGUCGUAUGCCAACGGCACCAUUGCCGUCAUUUGCUUCCUCAAGGCCGUGGCCGAUUGCUUUGACUGGGACACUCUCGCCAACGUCAACGGCGGUUACGUGUUGAGAAAGUCGGAGUGGGACACGCACAAGCCCGGGGAAGCAAUGUAUCCCGCGCAGUACUGGAAGGGAUACAUAUCUCCGGUUCUCGACACCGCCAUCUCCCUUGCGUGGUCUGUCACGACCACGGCGCAGUUCAUCAAAACCGAGGAUAAAAAGCCCGACGUCUGGCUCGGGUACACCUACAAUAUGUGCGGAAAUAUCGGUGGUCUCAUGUCUUGCUUGUUGGUGGAAAAGGUUCCCGAGCAAGCCCAGUUGGUGGGCGCAGUCGGCGUUCAGGUCGGGAUGCAUUACUAUGGAAUGUUUGCCCUGGCCCAAGCCCUCGCGAUGUUGUACCAAGAAUAG